AUGACUGCUGUACCGAUACACGUUAGUGAUGUCCUCGACAAUCGGUUCGACGUGGUUGUUUUUGUCAAUGAUGAUAUCGACACAGCCUGUGCUCCGGAUGCCGUGAUUCAUGACGCUUUGAAAUCGUUCUCAAAGGUCAAUCCUCAGUUGUCACAUGAACUGGCCGUCGUUCCAUUUCCCGCUCAUCCAUGUGGCCGACUGGUAAGUUUCCGUCCAAUAAUCUGUCCAUCACCGGAUGAUCUGCCUCGUUUUGAUUUCGAUUAG